AUGGGGAUCCCCCGGUCCUGGGGAGAAGAGGGGGAAGGCGUGGGGGGUCGGCACCGGGGUGGCCGCCAGCGCCCCUUUAUCUGCAACGAGUGCGGGAAGAGCUUCAGCCACUGGUCGAAGCUGCUGCGGCAUCAGCGGACUCACACCGGGGAACGGCCCAGCACCUGCGGGGAGUGCGGCAAGAGCUUCAGCCAAAACUCGCACCUGGUUCAGCACCGUCGGACGCACACCGGGGAGAAGCCGUAUCGCUGCGGGGACUGCGGCAAGAGCUUCAGCUGGAGCUCCAACCUCAUCCAACACCAGCGCAUCCACACCGGGGAGAAGCCCUACACCUGCGGGCAGUGCGGCAAGAGCUUCACCCAGAGCAAGAACCUCAUCAAGCACCAACGCACGCACUCGGGUGCCCGGCCCCACCGCUGCGGGCAGUGCGGCCGCGGCUUCGCCCAGAGCACCAACCUGCUGAAGCAUCAGCGGGUUCACGCUGCCCGCGGCCAACCCUCGCCCUGCCCGGAAUGCGGGCAGAGCUGCCGCGACGGGGCCGAGCUGGAGCGUCACCGGGCGCAGGCUCACGGCCACGAGCCCUACAUCUGCGUGGAGUGCGGGGAGAGCUUCGCCAAGAGCGCCACGCUCAACCGCCACAAGCGCGUCCACAAGCCCCUCUUCGUCCGCUGAGACCAGGGGGGACACACGGACUGCGCUGCGGGCAGGGGGACGAGGUGACACCGAGCUGGUGGACACACGGACUGCGCUGCGGGCAGGGGGACGAGGUGACACCGAGCUGUGGGACACACGGACUGCGCUGCGGGCAGGGGGACGAGGUGACACUGAGCCACACCGGCCACCAUCACACUUCGUGUGGUCCCCAAGGGACCCAGCCUGAUCCUCGGUGAGCCCCCGUAGGGGUU